GUAAUUUCGGAGCCUUCCCCGAGAUGGUUACGGGUGAUUGUCGAGGAUGGUAAGUCGCCGGAGAAGGUGUCUUCCGAAUGAAAAAGAAAGGAGAGAGAAACCCAGAUCACCCAGACAAGGCAGCAAGAUGCUUGUCGUCAGAUCCCUACCCUGACAUACGGUGCAGCCGCCCUCUUCCCUGGCCAUACGCGAAUCGGACGCAGGGGCGGACAAGUGUCCACCAAUAUCAAGACCGCGCUCGACGAGAUCGAGACAGCAGCAUCGAAGGCUCUCCGAAAAACAAUGCCGGUCUGGCGCACAGUCCCCAAGCUUGACCCCUUCUGGUUGGCCGGCAUCGCCCCACCCGAAAUCAUCAGACGAGAAACGGCCCGGGCCGUGGCAGGGCUCCACACCCUCCCGGCCCACCACCCGCUAACCCAACGCUUGCGCACGCCCCCACUGCGCGGCUGGUUCCAUCUCUACUCCCUCACCGAGUCCCAAGCCCCCCGGGAUGAAAACACACCGGAGGAAACGUGGCUCGCCCCCGACUCGGCAGCACCACCCCGACGCUGGAAAAUGUGGACCCUCCCUUCCGAAGCGGACCCGGAGCUCCACUGGCUCACGCACCGACCGGCAUGCCUGGCUGAUCUACCCUGUGGUAUCGCGACAACCCAUACCUCCGCCUGCCCCGAAUACACCUCGCACGAUGGGUUGGCGAACGCACGAGCCACUGGGACUUCCACUCCUACCACGCCCGAUUCAACCACCCGGCCGAGACCCACAUCCGACGCGCCACAUGCCUUCGGCACCAGCCACGCCACCUUCCUCGCCCGGCUCAGAGCCCUGAAGGACGAAGGCCUCACCGGCGUCACCACCACCGCGGACGGCAGACUCCUCGGCACCCGAGCACCCCUGCCAGAACCCGACGACACCGACGACGAAGCAUUCCCGAUCAUCCCCCCUUCCCCCUCCUAA